AUGGGCCUUUCGAUCGGACAGGCCAAGAACGGCCCUAACACCAAGCUUGAUACUUCAUUCUUUAGCAUCUCUUCUGACGAGGACCUGAGAUCACCACGAACGCCCACUUACGUCCCAGAAGCCGCUUCACUGGAAUACAUCGUGCCGUUCCACCACAUCGAGAUGGCCACCGAUCGGGUACAUAAGCCAGGCGAGAACAAGGCGAUCCCCAAACCUCCAGCAGACGAACCAAUGGCUUGGGUCUGGAUAUGUCAUCUAUGCCACUCACGAUAUCCGCUGGGUGUGACACGACGAUGUCUGGUUGACGGCCACUACUACUGCUCCGGCGAGACGGAUCGUCCGAGCCUGCGGAGAAAGAAGAAGAAUAAGAGCUGCUCAAGCGAAUUCGACUACGUUGCAUGGAAGGCUUGGGCUACGUGGCGUCGAAAAGUCUUUCACAUUGCCAGUAACCCAGCACGAACAUUACGAGGCUGCGAGAAUUGCGAGUUUCCAAGUCAGUGUCGAUAUCCUCCUUCACCGUCGCCGCUACCCCCGCAGACCAGCACCAGUAAGGCGGAUGGAGCGUGUGCCUCGGAGUCGAAAAAGAAGAAGAAAAAGAAGAAAGCGCACGAAGAGGAAAAGGAAAAGGAAAAGCACAGCUCCGCUCACAACGCUACGACCUCAGCAACAACAUCCGAUGGCAGUGUUGAUUUCGACCAGAUCUUGAGUAAUAUCCUUGUCCAGGAGGACUGCGUGCAGACUAGAAGUGUGUCUAGUCAGGCUUCGGGUACGGGUACCACGAGCACAACACCAUCGCGAAAGAAGGAGAGUGUGAAGAGGAAAACGUCACAUGUACCGUCAUCACUCGAAGAGGACACGAGUAGAGAGGCAGCAAGACUGCGAGAGAUGGUUGGCGUGGAUCUGUGGGGUACAUUGGAAGACGUCGACCUCGAAAAGGCCAAGGUGGACUAA